GCUCCGCAGCUCGCCGCGGCCGGGGGGCGGUGCGCGGACCGUGCGCGCCGGGGGCGCCAGAUGUGCAGUCUGCGCCGCCGCCAGUGACCGAGCCUCAGCCCGAGCGGGAUCGGGCCGCCUCCCCGAUGCUGCGGGGGCGACCUUGAGCGCGCCCCGGCUUCCUCGGCGGGGACCCCGACACCGCGAACGCUGUGCCCAGUCCUGCCCUCUCCAGCCCGGCUCGCCCUGCGUUCCGACAUGGAGGGGGCCGCUGCUCCCGCGGCCGGGGACGGCCCCGACUUGCGGCCGGGGGCUCCGGGCUCUCCCCCGGAGGUGGUGGCGGGGGCCACCGCAGCCCCCGCGGCGGCGGCGGCGGCGGCGGCGGCGGCCCCGGAGCCCAGGAAGCCGCACGGGGUGAAGCGGCAUCACCACAAGCACAACUUGAAGCACCGCUACGAGCUGCAGGAGACCCUGGGCAAAGGCACCUACGGCAAAGUCAAGAGGGCCACCGAGAGGUUUUCGGGUCGAGUGGUUGCUAUAAAAUCCAUUCGUAAGGACAAAAUUAAGGAUGAACAAGACAUGGUUCACAUCAGACGAGAGAUUGAGAUCAUGUCAUCCCUCAACCACCCUCAUAUCAUCAGUAUUUAUGAAGUGUUUGAGAACAAAGAUAAGAUUGUGAUCAUCAUGGAGUACGCAAGCAAGGGCGAGCUAUAUGAUUACAUCAGUGAGCGGAGACGCCUCAGCGAGAGGGAGACCAGACACUUCUUCCGGCAGAUUGUCUCUGCUGUGCACUAUUGUCACAAGAACGGCGUGGUCCACCGGGACUUGAAGCUGGAAAACAUCCUGCUGGAUGACAACUGCAAUAUUAAGAUUGCUGACUUUGGGCUUUCCAACCUGUACCAGAAGGACAAGUUCUUGCAAACCUUUUGUGGGAGCCCACUCUAUGCUUCUCCUGAGAUUGUCAAUGGGAGACCUUACCGGGGGCCAGAGGUGGACAGCUGGGCCCUGGGCGUGUUGCUUUACACUCUCGUUUACGGAACAAUGCCCUUCGAUGGUUUCGAUCACAAAAACCUCAUUCGGCAGAUCAGCAGUGGAGAGUACCGGGAACCUACACAGCCGUCAGACGCCCGAGGACUCAUUCGGUGGAUGCUGAUGGUGAACCCCGAUCGCCGGGCCACCAUCGAGGACAUCGCCAACCACUGGUGGGUGAACUGGGGCUACAAGAGCAGCGUCUGUGACUGCGAUGCGCUCCACAACUCCGAGUCGCCGCUCUUGGCUCGCAUCAUCGACUGGCACCACCGUUCCACGGGGCUGCAGGCUGAGGCCGAAGCCAAAAUCAAGGGCCUGGCCAAGCCCGGGGCCUCCGAGGUCAUGCUGGAGCGGCAGCGGUCCCUGAAAAAGUCCAAGAAAGAGAACGAUUUUGCCCAGUCCGGCCAGGACUCGGUGCCCGAGAGCCCAUCCAAGCUGAGUUCCAAGAGGCCCAAAGGGAUCCUGAAGAAGCGAAGCAACAGUGAACAUCGCUCCCACAGCACCGGCUUCAUCGAAGGCGUCGUGAGCCCUGCCCUACCCUCUGCUUUCAAGAUGGAGCCCGACUUGGUCCGGACUGCCGUGCCCCUCCCAAGCCCCCCCGAGGCAGAGGUGCCGGGCAAGCUCAGCCCCAAGCAGUCGGCCACGAUGCCCAAGAAGGGCAUCUUGAAGAAGACCCAGCAGAGAGAGUCAGGUUACUACUCGUCCCCGGAGCGCAGCGAGUCUUCAGAGCUGUUGGACAGUAACGACGGGCUGGGUAGUGGCCUCCCUUCCCCCAGCCCCCCGGACCCCACCAGAGGGACGUCCCACGGCCUCUCGUGCCGCAGGAAGGGCAUCUUGAAACACAGCAGCAAGUACUCAGCAGGGACCACGGACCCGGCCCUCGUCAGCCCUGAAAUGCCCACACUGGAAUCCUUGCUGGAGCCCGGCGUCCCCGCCGAGGGCCUCUCCCGGAGCUACAGCCGGCCCUCCAGCGUCAUCAGUGACGACAGCGUCCUGUCCAGCGACUCCUUCGACUUGCUGGAUUUGCAGGAGAAUCGCCCUGCCCGCCAGCGCAUCCGCAGCUGCGUCUCUGCUGAAAACUUCCUCCAGAUCCAGGACUUUGAGGGGCUCCAGAACCGGCCCCGACCCCAGUACCUGAAGCGGUACCGGAACCGGCUGGGAGACAGCAGCUUCUCCCUCCUCAUGGACAUGGACGAUGUGACUCAGGUCUACAAGAAAGCGCUGGAGAUCUGCAACAAGCUUAACUAGCUCCCCGGGGGUGGUGGGGCUGGGUUGUGGGUGGGU